GAAAUACGAGAUAGUAUGUAUCUAUAAAUGUCACAGUGUCGGAUGAUUUAACCAGACGUUGAAAUAGUUUUGAUACAAAGAUCGUUAAGUGCAAGCUAUAUUGAGAAAUGGCCAGUCAAAAUUACUUAAGCGAUCCAAAAAAUCCAUUUUUUUCUCUCGAGGAUGACAUCGACGACGAAACGUUUUUAAACAGUGCACCUCCAAGGUCUUCUGGUCGUGGUUUCAAUCAUUAUAACAAUUUCGAUAAUGAUCUGGAACAAAAGCGUCAACAAUUACUUCAAAGGAAAAAGGAAAUAGAAGAACGCACGAUACAUUCCUCAGAAAGGUCUAUUUCAUUGUUAAGAGAUUCUGAACAGAUUGGAGCUGCCACUGCUGAGGAGCUCAUUAGACAGAGAGAACAAUUAGAAAGAACAGAAAAAAGAUUGGAUGAUAUUAAUAGUACCUUAAGAUUUAGUCAGAAACAUAUUCAAGGAAUAAAAAGUGUUUUUGGAAGUCUUAAGAACUAUCUUAGUGGUAAAUCAUUGGAUGCACCUAUACCAUCAACUAUAUUGUCGGAAUCUUCUAGCUCUGAAUCUAUGGCAUCACCUGCUUUAUCUAAUUCUUUGGAACAAGUACAGACUAAUAUAGCUAAUACAAGUCCAGCGUUGAAAUUACGUGGCAUAGAUGACGAUUUUGAAGGUACUAAUUCACCCAGCAAUAAUGUUAGCAAGGUUUUGGAAAAGAAUUUAGAUGAAAUGAGUGGUUCGUUAGCUAGAUUGAAAGGGUUAGCAAUAGGACUAUCUGAAGAAAUAGAUUUACAAAAUGACUUAAUUGAUAAUAUAACGGAUAAAGCAGAAAAUACUGAUAUAACGCUUCAGAAACAAAACAAAGAUCUUACACAUUUAUUGAAAAAAUAAAUAAAUAUCCUACAUUUGUAAUGAAAAUAAUUAUGAAUUUCACAUAUUCGAAAGCUGUAAACUUCUGUGUAAUCGUAUGAAAAACAUUACUUUCCUUAGUUAAGUUUGGAAAAUAUUACACAUAGUGUUUAUUUCGUAUUGUUUUGUAAAAUAUAAUUUAUAAUGAUGUAAAAUAUUACAACAAAAAACACAAAAGAAAUAAUGCACUUACAUACUCAUUCAAGUACCCAUUUCUUUUGUACCUACUGUGUAUGACAUGAAAUAUUUAAAUUUAAAGUUGAAUAUGUCAUGCAAAUCGUUUUCUUUGCUUGCAUCAAGUCAAUUUAUUUCCAACUUUCCUAUGAAAAUUGCUGAAGUGAUAUCUUAACAAUAUAUUUUUGUUAAAGUUUAAAAUAAACUUUUUGUUAAGUGGACCCAGAAUUAUAAAAGAUACUGUGAUAAAAAUUCAGAUGUAAAAAAUAAAUAAUAUUGGUAUUUUAUGACAAUUCGAUGUCAUUAUUGAAUUUUAACAAAGUUACUGAAAAAUUGAAAAUUACUCUGAAUAACAUUUAAAUUGGAAACACUUCAUAUAAAAACUAGUAUUUUAUAUUUUUAAAAAUAUAGUUUAUUCGAAUUAUAAUAAGCAAACAUUUCCCACUGUAGGAAUAAAUAUAUACAUAUAUAUGAUUUUAAAAGUAAUGCUUUUUUUAUUUAAGAAUUACUUUGAUUGUAAUGAUUUAAUAUGAUAUUUUUGCUAUGCAUUUUAUAUCAUUUACAAUAAAGUGUAUUACAACAGAUCAAUUUAUUUUAUAGAUAUCUUAAUAUUAAAAAGUGUAAUUACACUUGAUAAAUCAAAUUUUUUAAGUAAAAGUAUGUAGAAAAUAUAUAUAUAUAUAUAUUUGUUUUAGUUUAAAUUAAUGUAAUUACACAUACAAACAUAACUUAUUUGGCCUAUACAUAUCUUUCCCUCAAAAUGAUUAAUUGUAAUAAAAAAUGUACAAACAUUUAUACAGAUUAUAAUUGUUGUUUAUGAAAAUCUACUUUUUAUUAUUUUUAUUAUUAUAAAUUAAAUAAUCUGCAAUACAUAGUUGUAAAGUAAUGAUACCAUAAAUUUUGAUAAUAAUGUGAACAUAAGUAUAAGAUACAUUGUAUAAUUUUAAAAAUAUAAAUGCAUACACAUACUACCAAUGAAAAAGUUCCAUUUAAACAUUUGAUAAUUGUUUUAUAUAUUCAGAAAUUGUAAUGCAAUUGUAUGGUGAGUUAUAUGUAGAAGAAAAGUAUAUAGAACUUAUAAGUAAAACUUAUUAAACCCACUGCCACUGUUAUUCAACGUAAUUUAAAUAUAUAUAUGUGUAUAUUAUAGUUAUUAAAGCGUAAGCAACGAAUAUAGAAGAUAUUAUAUAUCUAUAUAUCUUCAAUAUUUCUUGAUAUAAAUACAUUUCAUGAUAUGAAUCUUUAUACACAAUGUUAAUGUUAUAUUAUUAUACAUAUAGAUGUAUGUACAAAUGUAAUAAAUUUAUAUAUAAUUGUCUGA